CAUACUAGGAAAAAGUCAGAUCAACAUGGCGGCCACUGGUUCGAAGUCUGUUUUGUUUGUUUGUCUGGGGAAUAUCUGCAGAUCCCCCAUCGCUGAAGCAGUCUUCAGAAAGAUGGCAACCGAUGCUGGUGUUGCUGAUAAGUGGAGGAUAGACAGUGCUGCCACCUCCACCUAUGAGAUAGGAAACCCUCCAGACCACCGUGGUCAAGCCUGCAUGAAGAAGCAUGACGUGCCCAUGAGGCAUGUUGCCAGGCAGGUGACCAAGGACGAUUUCAUGAGCUAUGAGUACAUUCUCUGCAUGGAUGAAAGCAAUUUGAGUGAAUUGAACAGGAAAGCAAAAUCUGUGCAGAAUUACAAAGCAAAGAUUGAGCUUCUUGGUUCAUACGACCCUCAGAAGCAGCUCAUCAUCAAAGACCCGUAUUACGGAAGCGACGAUGACUUUGAGAAGGUGUACGAACAGUGUGUACGGUGCUGCAAAGUGUUUCUGGAGAAGAACUCCUAACAUCUGACCUUUUAUGCAAUCUCUGGUCAAUCUGUUGGAUGAACAUGAGUAAUCAAUCAAAUGUUCUUUGGCCAUGUCUUAUAAACACUCGUCAACAUAAAAUCUGUUGUGGAUGUCACUGAAAGACCACCAGAAGGCUUUGUCUCAGUGUUGUAAAUGCUAUACAAGCCACACUGUGUACAUUUAGAACAAUGACAAGUUUGUAGACUGUAAAUUCAGAUGCUUAAUAAAAUAAAUAAAUACA